AUGGCGCGGCCAGACGUCGCAAUCAGAGCGGCGGGCGGCGGGAGGUGGCGCGGACGGGUGGCAGCGUUGGCGUAUCUCGCCGCAUUCGCACUCGCUAUAGGGGUGAACUUGAACCCUCUGUACCGAUCCAAACCGCAGCAAAUGACACACGAUCCCCUUCUCUCUGUUUCAGAUUCUGCUGCUGCUGAUGCUGCUGCUGGUGCUGGUGCUGGUGGUGCUGGUGGUGCUGGUGCUGUUAGUGGUGGUCAAGUUAGUGCUGCUGACGUGGCAGCAGACGCGGAGGAAGGGCAGGAGAGUCUGCAAGCGGGGCUGACUAUAGUGAAUACAUCUAGUGAUCCCGGUGCAGUCUGCCUGGACGGUUCCCCUCCAGCCUUCAACUGGCAUCCUGGCAGGGGCACCGGGAGGAACAAGUGGAUUCUCUAUCUUGAGGGCGGGGCGUGGUGCAUGGACACAGCGCACUGCAUCGACCGCAGCUUCUCCAACUUCGGUUCCUCCUCCAAGAUGGGCCAUUGGAUGCUGCAAGGGCUGCUCUCUUCCAGCCGUAAAACCAACCCCGGCUUCUUCAACUGGAACAUGGUUUAUAUCCGCUACUGCGAUGGGGCUUCCUUUAUUGGCAAUGUUGACGAGCCAAUCAGAGACCAUGAAGGCAAGCCUCAGAUCUACAUGCGGGGUCGUCGUGUCUUCAAUGCCAUUCUCUCCCACCUGCUAGCCCACCACAGCAUGCGCUCAGCCUCCCACAUCCUCCUCUCCGGCUGCUCUGCUGGUGGCCUAGCAGCCCUCCUCCUGUGCGACAGCCUGGCUGACCGCAUGAGGAGCUUGAGGGAGAAUGAAGAGCUUGAGGGAGUGGGGAGAGGAGGGGAAAAGGGAGGAGUGGUGGUGAAGUGCAUGUCGGAUGGCGGGUACUUCCUGGAUGCGAGGGAUAUUGGCGGCAGGCACUUCCUGAGGGAAACCAUGUUUCAUCGGGUUGCUGCGUUUCAUAACGUAACUCUCAACCCCCACUGCAUCGCCUCCCAGCCACCCGUGAACACCUCACAGUGCUUCUUCCCACAGAAUUUCCUCCCCUUCCUCCACACGCCCUUCUUCAUUCUCAACUCGCUCUACGACUCCUGGCAGAUCGCCCACUCCUUUGCGUCCUUCACAGUCUUCCCAGAAAAGGCGUGGCACUCGUGCCGCAUGUCGCUGCAGGGGUGCAAUCAGGAGCGGCUCGAUCUUAUUCAUGCCUAUCGGGAUGAGAUGGUGGAAAAGGUGUCGCCCCUCCUCUUGUCCAAUCGCAGCGCGCCACCUGUCCGGCGCCUGUUGGCUGCAGCAUCAAGCGAAAGUUCAGCAAACGGAGCGUACCUCGUGUCCUGCCGAGCACACUGCAUGGCAAUGGGUCCCAUGUGGCAUGGCAGCACUGCCCCACGAAUACACAACAAG